AUGGAGCCCGGCAAUUAUGCCACCUUGGACGGGGCCAAGGAUAUCGAAGGCUUGCUGGGAGCGGGAGGGAGUCGCAAUCUCGUCGCCCACUCCCCGCUGACCAGCCACCCAGCGGCGGCGCCGACGCUGAUGCCCGCUGUCAACUAUGCGCCCCUGGAUCUGCCAGGCUCUGCAGAACCUCCAAAGCAGUGCCACCCAUACCCCGGGGUGCCCCAGGGGGCGUCCCCGGCGCCGGUGCCUUAUGGCUACUUUGGAGGCGGGUACUACUCCUGCCGAGUAUCCCGGAGCUCGCUGAAGCCCUCUGCCCAGGCGGCCACCCUGACUGCCUACCCCACGGAGACUCCCGCGACCGGGGAGGAGUACCCCAGCCGCCCGACCGAGUUUGCCUUCUAUCCGGGGUACCCGGGACCCUACCAGCCUAUGGCCAGUUACCUGGAUGUGUCCGUGGUGCAGACUCUGGGCGCCCCCGGGGAACCUCGCCACGAUUCCCUGCUUCCUGUGGACAGUUACCAGCCCUGGGCCCUCACCGGUGGCUGGAACGGCCAGAUGUGUUGCCAGGGAGAACAGAACCCACCGGGUCCCUUCUGGAAGGCAGCCUUUGCAGACUCAGGCGCACAGCACCCUGCAGAUGGCUGCGGAUUCCGCCGUGGCCGCAAGAAGCGCAUUCCCUAUAGCAAGGGGCAGCUGCGGGAGCUGGAGCGUGAGUAUUCGGCUAACAAGUUUAUCACCAAGGACAAGAGGCGCAAGAUUUCUGCGGCCACCAGCCUCUCAGAGCGCCAGAUCACCAUCUGGUUUCAGAACCGCCGGGUCAAGGAGAAGAAGGUCCUCGCCAAGGUCAAGACCAGCGCUACUCCGUGA